AUGGCAGGAACUGGGAAUACGAAAGUUGUACAUGAUAUCGGAAAUUUGGUUGUUCAUUUUGAACAUCUAACGCGCAGUGAUGUCGCCUUGGUCGGAGGGAAGAACUCCUCCAUUGGAGAAAUGAUAGGCACCCUUGGAGGUGAAGGAAUCUCUGUACCUUCUGGUUUUGCCACGACGUCGCUAGCAUACAGGCGCUAUAUCGAUGGGAACAAAAUCCGCGAUGGAAUAACCAGGCUGAUCAAGGACUGGCAAACGGGAAAAGCAAAUCUUGCCGAAACCGGCUUGGCAAUACGCAAUUUGAUACUCCGCGGCUCUUGGCCACCCGAUGUUGAAACAGCCAUCCGGAGAGCCUAUCACGAACUCUCGGCCAAAUUAGGAAUUGAGAACCCGAGCGUUGCCGUGCGUUCAAGCGCGACAGCAGAAGACUUGCCAGAUGCGAGUUUUGCUGGACAACAGGAUUCCUAUCUGAACAUCUCAGGUGAAGAUCGAUUGUUGAAUGCCUGUCGCCGCUGCUAUGCGUCUCUUUUCAACGACCGCGCCAUCAGCUAUCGCCAAGCCAAAGGGUUUGAUCACAUGAGCGUUGCCCUCUCGAUUGGCAUACAACAAAUGGUUCGCUCCGAUGCCAACGGGUCAGGGGUCAUGUUCUCCAUCGAUACCGAAAGUGGCUUUGACAAGAUUGUGCUCAUCAACGCAGCGUGGGGACUAGGAGAGAAUAUAGUACAAGGGACUGUCAAUCCUGACGAAUACCAAGUGUUCAAACCACUUCUGAGAGAUGAGAACCUUUUGCCGAUCAUAGAGAAAAAAUGCGGGGACAAGGCAAUGAAAAUGGUCUACGGGGAAGAUGUACCGACGCGGAAUAUACCUACGUCAAAGGCGGAGCGCGCUGCUUUUGUGCUUGGCGAUCAGGAAAUUCUUCAGUUGAGCCGCUGGGCAUGCACCAUUGAAAAGCACUAUGGCUGUCCAAUGGACAUAGAAUGGGCAAAAGAUGGCAUCACGGGCGAAUUGUUCAUCGUCCAGGCCCGCCCAGAAACCGUUCAAUCGCGUCGUGACGCUGGUGUCUUCACGACUUUCCAGGUAGGAAAGAGAGGCCGCAUUCUUACGAAGGGACUUUCAGUUGGAGACGCGGCAGUAUCUGGCCGUCUCUGUCUCAUUGAAAAGUCUGAAGACAUUGACAACUUCGUCGACGGCUCGAUCAUGGUGACUAAAUCGACCGACCCGGAUUGGGUGCCUCUAAUGAAGCGGGCCACGGCUAUCAUCACCGACCAUGGUGGCCGUACUUCACAUGCCGCCAUUGUAAGUCGCGAGCUCGGCCUCCCAGCCGUGGUGGGCACAGGAAAUGGAACAUACGUUUUACACACAGGCCAAGACGUAACUGUUUCCUGUGCCGAGGGUGACGAAGGCUUCGUCUACGAGGGUACCAGCGAAAUUUCCACCCAAACAGUGGACCUAGCCGGCCUCCCAGCAGUUGAUACGGAUAUUAUGAUCAAUCUCGCUAACCCAGCGGCGGCUUACCGCUGGUGGCGACUUCCGACCGAUGGCAUCGGCCUUGCUCGCAUGGAGUUUGUCGUAACCAAUUAUAUUCGAAUUCAUCCGAUGGCGCUCGUCCACUUUGAUCAGUUAAAGGACGACAAAUCCAAGGAAGAAAUCGCGCGAUUGACAGCUGGGUACAGUAACAAGCCUGAAUACUUCGUCGACAAGUUAUCGCACGGUUUUGCGGCCCUUUGUGCCACGGUAUACCCCAAGCCGGCCAUUCUCCGUAUGAGUGACUUCAAGACAAACGAGUAUGCUGGCCUCAUCGGCGGUUCUCAGUUUGAGCCGAAAGAGGAGAACCCAAUGCUUGGCUUCCGCGGGGCCUCACGCUACUAUUCACCGCUGUACAAAGAGGGGUUCGAGCUUGAAUGUCGCGCCAUCAAGAGGCUGCGCGAGGAGAUGGGCUUCGCAAAUGUCAUUGUUAUGAUCCCUUUCUGCCGGACAAUUAGCGAGGCAAAAGAAGUACUAAAAACUAUGUCCGAGAACGGGCUUAAACGUGGUGACAAGGGUCUCCAAGUAUACGUCAUGUGCGAGAUACCUUCCAACGUCAUCAUGGCCAAUGAAUUCUCUGAGUACUUCGAUGGGUUCUCAAUCGGUUCAAACGAUCUGACACAACUGACGCUCGGUGUCGACCGCGACUCUGGUGAGCUGGCAGGCCUCUUCAAUGAGCAAGACGAGGCUGUCAAGUGGAUGAUUGCUCGGGUAAUCAUAGUUGCUCGCAAGGCGGGUCGUAAGAUUGGCAUUUGCGGGCAGGCCCCAAGCGAUCAUCCGGAAUUCGCCAAGUUCCUAGUGGAAGCCGGUAUCAACUCGAUCUCGGUCAGCCCUGACAGCUUUGUCCAAGUGAAAAGACAAGUUCUUGAGAGUGAGAGGAAACGACUUGAUUUGAUAGCGGACGAACAUAUCAUGCUUUAA